AUGGAGCCCAACAGAAUCGCCAACUUUACUACACUAGAUCAGACCAUAGCGCCCAGGCGUGAGCAUCUUGCAGCUGUGAGCUCUGAUCGCGAAGACAAGUUUCCUUUUCUGGAGCUGCCGCGAGAACUUCGCGACCAGAUCUACGACUAUGCCUUCUCAAUUCCAGAUAAUCGCGGCGACCGCGCGCUUCGCAUUGAGCGACGACAUUUGAUAUACUUCACACCGUCUGCCGCGUCCAUCCUUCUUCUUCUGCACCACGAGUACUUCCUCUUGAAUCGCCAAGUUGCCCGUGAAGCUCUUGAGAGACUCUUCAAGAACCAUACUGCGUUUCUUAGCUGUGGCCUUUAUGUGCUCAAGCAAUUUCUCGCCAGUAUUGAGGCCACCGGUGGACCUGGCAAGCAAUGGCUGAAGCGGAUGAGGAAGAUAGAGCUCAACUGGGUUACCUUCCCCAACCUCCGGAACUACCCGCCAGAGCGGAGCGAUGGCAAGGACGUGUGGUGGUGGGAGAAUGACGGACAGGAAGUAGACGUGGACUACAUUCGAGGCGCGCAGUACAACGGGCACUACGACGAGCACGACUACGAGGGAGGUUACUACGACGACAACUUCUACGAGGCAGAAAACACCUCGCUCUACCCCUCAUGGCCGCUUCGCAACGCUGCUGCCGCCGCGUCAAACGACCCAUUCGGCUUCACCAACCACUACCCCUUCGCCGACCCUUCUCGUCGCCUCUCGCGCGAUGCCUCUCGCACAAACGACCUCGACACCAAGCUCGACCUCCUCGUCUCUCUCGAAGUCGCUCCCUUCUACGAUUACCUCUCCAGCCCCACCUUCGCCCUCUCAAGCAUCACCGUCCCGCUCUACUUCAUCUCCGGAGCCUCGCUGCGCUCCCGCAGCAACACGCGCGUCGGAAAAUUGCCAAUCAAGAUAAGAUACUGGGUGCAUAAUUGUAUCCACGCGCUGCUCAUGCUGCACAAUUCGUCCACGCUGCAGGAAGUCUGCGUCAAGUACGCGCCGUGGGAUACCUGGGCGAGCAUGGAGCCAGCGGACGAUCUGCACCGGAUGGUGAAGAAGGGAGUGUGGUUCAGGGAUUCUGAUGACCUUUAUGCUGAGAGGGAGGGCGAGGGCGAGGCGUUCCGUGCCGUGUGGGCGGGCUUGGAGGACAUGGGUGCGUGCAGGGGCGACGAGAGGCUGGGACUGGCGGCUGAUGUGCGGUUUGUGAAGUGGGACGGACAUAUGGAGCGCGUUGGUGAUGCGCUGUUGGUUGUGUUCACGAAGGAGGUGGCGGGAUAG